UGGGGGUUGGGAGGACUCCUCCCUGGACUUCCCCCUGCCCCUCGCACCUCCCCCGACGUCCGGAGUCCCCUGCUCUCCUGUCCCCCUCCUCCGGGUGAGGCUGGGUGGGCGUCCGCGUGGGCGCGGGGCUGUGGGGCGCCCCCGGUCUAGGUCAUGCCUCCUGCCCUCUGCCUUGGCUCGCCUUCGCUGAGGUGUCCCUGGAGUGGCGAAAGUCACCGUACGGCGGCUGGAUGGCUUUCGGCGGUAAUCCUUUGGGUUUGUGUGAACAGGAAUUGCUGGGAGUUGAGAAGGCAAAGGUUUUUAUUUAUCGGCUUUUACUGGCUCUUCUCCCCGGAGGGAAGUGGAGGAAGACUCUCUUUUCCCCAUUCUGCCUCCAUUUGCAUUCUUUGUGAGGUCUGUCUGCCUUGUGCUUUUUUGUCCCGGAUUAGUCUUGCUCAAGGAUGGAGAUUUCCAGGCAUGGAGUCUUAACAGCUUUUGGCUUCCAUUAAGCAAAUUCGCUAACCUUUUAAAGGGAAAGUUUAAUUUUUUUCCUUCGAUUCAGAAAGAUAGCUUAUAUUGACUAGAUGAAUUAAUCCACUUGAGACUAACUUAGUUACAUAUGGUAGGUAUAUUAACAUGUAGCUGCUUCUUUUGGAGAGCUGAAACUACAGAUUUUUUUUCUUUAGUGAGAGAAAAUAUUUUUUAAUUAAAAUGGCAUAGUUGAGAAAACCUCGAACUGAGUUUUGUUUAUUUGUAUUCUAAAUUUGUACUCCCUCGUUUGGAGGGAUGUUACUUAGUGCUCCUGUUACCCCCUUCCUGGGUUGCUUCCUAUGUAAAUGAAGUUUCUUUGAGAUCACUGGUGUUAGAUUGAAAGAAAUCACUCAAGUAUUACCGUUGGUAAAGUGAACUGAGUUUAAGAUUAAGAACUGGUUUUAAAUUGACCCUUUGGCCUCUGGAGCAAAUUCAAUUGUAACUUUCCCCACCCCUUUCUCUUCUUCCAGGUCAAUUAAAAGAAGAACUGUAAUUCUUGAAGAUAACUGGGCAGUUUUUUUUUAACGAUAGAAGUGAGGUGAAGUGGAGGGUUAGACAAGUCUUCAGUUUGUUGACAGCAGCAGACCACCAUUUUCGGUGAAGCUACCUUCACCCCUUCUUUUUUGGUGUCCUUGGCAAAAAUUAAAUGUUACACCAUUGUAACUCAUGGUCGGUGUGGUUUUAGGAUACAGUAAUGGCAUAAACCUCCACGUGCUCUGCCUAAAAGACAAAACCACCAAACUCAACAUCACACUGAACGUUGGGCGUCUUGAAUUGAGAAAUUAGCAUUCUUUUAAUACAAAUAUCUGAAGAACUCAAGAAAACAAGAUUGUCCUCAGAAGUCAGCUUAUGAUUAAUAUUCUUUAUUAUUAGAAGCAAAAUGAGAAAUUUUGUGUUAUUUUCGGUUAUAUCCUAAGGUAUAACUAAACCAAAACCAAUUUGCACAAAUCUGUUGAGUAAGGAAAUUCAUCUUCGGAAAGUUAAACAUUUUUUAAGGGAGUCAUAAGUAUUUGUAUACAUUGCCCCUUUCUCUUCAAAUUAGCAACUGGGUGCAACAUGCCAAUUGCAGACUUAAUUAUUUAAAACACCAGUGUAGCCAUGGAAAACCUACAAUCCAGUUUCUCCUUAGUUCAGGGUUCCAGUAAAAAACUGAAUGGAAUGGAGGACGAUGGCAGCCCUCCUGUGAAAAAAAUGAUGACAGACAUUCAUGCCAAUGGGAGAAUGCUAACCAAGGUGAAGAAGGAACAUUUGGACGACUGUGGAGACGAAGCAGUGGAGGCCGAUGGAGAGCAUGCUCAGCAAAACUGUGCUUCCAUUCAUGAGACUUUAAAUUUAAACCCCAGUCUGAAACACACACUGGCGCAGUUCCAUCUAAGUAGUCAGAGCUCUUUGGGUGGACCGGCAGCGUUCUCCGCUCGCUAUUCCCAGGAAAGCAUGUCUCCGACUGUGUUCCUGCCUCUUCCGUCUCCUCAGGUUCUCCCCGGGCCUCUCCUCAUUCCUUCCGAUAGCUCCACGGAGCUCACCCAGACUGUUUUGGAAGGGGAGUCUAUUUCUUGUUUUCAAGUUGGAGGGGAAAAGAGACUCUGCUUGCCCCAGGUCUUGAAUUCUGUCCUCCGAGAAUUUUCACUCCAGCAGAUAAACACAGUGUGUGAUGAGCUGUACAUAUAUUGUUCAAGGUGUACUUCAGACCAGCUUCAUAUCUUAAAGGUCCUCGGAAUACUUCCAUUCAAUGCCCCAUCCUGUGGGCUGAUCACAUUGACUGACGCACAAAGACUCUGUAACGCUUUACUGCGGCCACGGACUUUUCCUCAAAAUGGUAGCAUACUUCCUGCUAAAACCUCUCUGGCUCAGUUGAGGGAAACCGGCAGUGCCUUUGAAGUCGAGCACGAAUGCCUAGGCAAAUGUCAGGGCCUCUUCGCACCUCAGUUCUAUGUCCAGCCUGACGCUCCCUGUAUCCAGUGUCUGGAGUGCUGUGGCAUGUUUGCGCCCCAGACGUUCGUCAUGCAUUCUCACAGGUCCCCCGACAAGAGAACUUGCCACUGGGGCUUCGAGUCGGCCAAGUGGCACUGUUACCUUCAUGUGAACCAAAAAUACCUAGGGACGCCCGAAGAAAAGAAACUGAAGAUAAUUUUAGAAGAAAUGAAGGAGAAGUUUAGCAUGAGAAAUGGAAAGAGAACCCAAUCAAAGACAGAUACACCAUCAGGAAUGGAAUUGCCAUCCUGGUACCCGGUUAUAAAACAGGAAGGUGACCAUGUUUCUCAGACACAUUCGUUUUUACACCCCAGCUACUACUUGUACAUGUGUGAUAAAGUGGUUGCACCGAAUGUCUCACUCACAUCUGCUGCAUCCCAGUCUAAAGAGAUUACCAAGACAGAGACAAGUAAGUUCCUCUCCAAACAGUCAGAAAAGACUCGUGGUAGUAGUAAACAUCAGAAAACAGUGUCUUACCCAGACGUCUCACUCGAGGAACAGGAGAAAAUGGAUUUGAAAACAAGUAGAGACUUAUGCACUCGUUCAGAUCCACUGAUCUCAAAUAGCUCUAUGAGUAAAAAGAAAUCUGAGUCUCCUGUUUGCGGCUUAGUGAGAGACGUCAGCAAGCGUGCUGCUGAAGCUGUCUCUCCGUUUCCGGUCAGAGAUGGUACUUGUGAGGAUGACAAGGGGAAGAUCAUGGAAGAAGUGAUGAGAACCUAUGUAACACAGCAGGAGAAGCUGAAUUCAAUUCUGCAGAAGAAGCAACAGCUUCAGAUGGAAGUGGACAUGUUGAGCAGCUCAAAGGCAAUGAAGGAGCUCACUGAAGAGCAGCAGAGUCUCCAGAAAGAACUUGAGUCUCUGCAGAAUGAGCAUGCUCAGCGGAUGGAGGAAUUCUACACUGAACAGAGAGACUUAGAGAAGAAGCUGGAGCAGGUGAUGAAGCAGAAAUGCACCUGUGACUCAAACUUAGAGAAAGACAAGGAGGCUGAGUACGCGGCACAGUUGGCAGAACUGAGGCAGAGACUAGACCAUGCUGAAGCGGACCGGCAAGAGCUCCAGGAUGAACUGAGACAGGAGCGGGAGGCGAGGCAGAAGUUAGAGCUGAUGAUAAAGGAGCUGAAGGCACAGAUGGUGAAAUCAGCAAAGACCACCAAGGAGUAGGAGCCGGAGGAGAGACGCGUCUGCAUUGGUGACAGGGCUUUGUGUCUGUCACUUGCUUUGGACAUUGAGUUCUGUCGUCUUACUUUAUCUGCAUGAAGAUAACUAGAUACUCUGUUCAUUUGUAGGGCAGCAAAGUGAAGAGAUUCUCUAUUAGUACAUAAUUUUUCCGUUUUCCAAAUGAAUGAAAUGUAUGCUUCUUUGUUCUUUUCCAGUCAGCUUGGUAAUGAUAGCCUGUGUAAUUCCAGCUGUAGACGGUCUGCCUGUCUUUCUAAGGCAAGCCUAACAGUUACAUGCUUUUCAAAGCUGCAUAUGUGGUGGGAAAUAGCUGUGUCGAUUCUGUUACGCAUAUUUCAGGCUCGAUUUUUAGAUACGGUGGUGAUAUUUAUGAUACAGAGCUACUCAACUCUGUGUCUUCCUUCUCAUUACGGAAUAUCUUAUGACGACAGAAUCUUCUUUUUUUUUAAGUUUUUUAAGAUAGGGUUUCUCUGUGUAGUACUGGCUGUCCUGGAAUUCACUCUGUAGACGAGGCUGGCUUCGAACUCAGAGAUCUGCCUGCCUUUGCCUCCCAAGUGCUGGGACUAAAGGUGUGCGAUGCCACCGCCAGGCUGAAUCUCCUCGUUUUUUUUUUUUUUUUUAUAUACCAAGUCUCUUUUUAUUUUGUUCAGGCUGUGGGAUGAGGUUCCUCCUAGGAGGAAUUUUACUGAUGGAAUGAGAGUACCACCACCCUAACAUCCAUUGGUGAGGGGCAUGCUUUGCCCUGCCCUGAUGCUGCACACAAGAAGCAGUUGUAAUUUGUCUUUCGGUUUAAGAGUGGCUAUAUCUAGAUAUGUGUAUGUGACUUCAGAAAAUUAAAAUGAUUUCUGAACUUUUAUUAAUAGUGGUGUAAAAAUACUCAUCUUUAUGAGGAAAAUGGAUUCCACUGAUGUACAUUGGUUCCUAUGUAAUUCAUAAUCCUCUUGUAUAGUUUUUAUAUGUAGUCUUAUAAAGGUCUUACUGAGAUUUAUAUAAUGAAUUUUUUCUUUUAAAUUAUAAAAUAUUAAAUAUCUUGAAGUUUAUUUUGGACUUUUGUAUGUUUAAAUGUUAAAACUUGCACGAAUGGACCAUUAUGACUCUUUAAUCUUAAAAUCAGGAAUUUACAGUCAGCUAAUAGUAUCUGAUAGGUUAACAAUCCACAAUUGAAGUAUCUGCUACUAGCAGGAAUUUUAGAUAAUUUUUAGAUGACAUAGAAUUCCAUGAUUUGGGGAAGGGCAGUCUCUGCACUUUGUUUUAUUUUUUUGCACAUUAAAGUCUGACAUUUUUACCAGCAAGUUUCACAUUAGUUGAUGCUUGCCUUGAAAUUUACAUUGUGUUUUUUCUUUUGUCUUUGCUUCCCCUCCAAAUCGCAGGGCUUGCUCCUCCCGCCUCUGCCUCCCAAGUGUUGGGUUCACAGGUGCGGGCCUCCACACCUGCCGUGGUGGCUUUUAGGGAGUUUCCUGAAGGCAGCGUCCGCGCCGUCGGUGUUGUGUUUCCCAAGCUGUCUCGUGUCACUGCGUGAAGAGACUUGACGUCUGUGCUCAGGAGUACCUUAGAGUUAAGGCUGUCACUACUCUAGUGGUGUGGGACAUCAGAGCCCUCGUUAGCAUGUGCCUGCUGUGGUCAUAUUUUGUUUCAUGAUACAUUGACAAGCAGCUUUUCUACUUUCCAAAAGGGAGUUUGCUUUCUAAAUAUGUUGUGACAUAAAUGUGGAUUUACUCCGUUAUGUGAGCUUUCUAAUUUAAUGUGUUGACUUUGUAACCUCCUUGAGGAGAAGCAGAUGUUGAAUUGCACAGGGCCCAUGUAUGUCAUUUUAUUUAGAUAUGGAGAAAGAAAAAGCAGACAUUUGUAAAAUAGCUUUAGCUUAGUUAUCAGUUAGUUAUAGCGCAGCUUGGCUAUGUGGGACGGAGACUUACACCUUUAUUUUUCUGACUCAAGACUGUUCUUAUGUGCUACUGUAGUAAAUGUAAUUCUUCUAGUCUUUCAGUGAAACUUGCCUCAUGACAUUAUAUAGCAUAGUCUUUACUUUCCAGAAGAUGAAAGGAUGUGCCAUAGUUUUCUGUCUGAACUUCCUUAAAAAUAAUUUUUAAUCAACUGUAAAUAUUAUACCUACUACUGUUAAAAGUAACUUUAAGUUACAUUGCACCAUAUAGCUUAAAAACAAAAUGAAAUUCUGUAAUACUCCCGAAGUGACUGCUGCUUAAAUUUCCAUGUGAAACUUAUUUUAUGCAUGUUCAUUUUGUGUGCUGGUUGCUAACUUAAAGUUUGCUUUGGUGUUAGGUCUUGUGUGUUGUGCCAAGUUCACUAGGCAAGCAGAUUUUUCCUCAGACUUCAUAUUCUGUUUAGGAGAAAAUGAGACCAUUUACUCUGGAAAGCUGUAUUUAGGAGUGGACUGUAGAGUUUGCUCAAGUGGAGGAAAGACCGUGUUAGCUUUACACUGAGAGAUGAGUGAUGCUUGCUGUGUGGUGAUGAUUUCUCUCUGUGGUCCAAGUUUGGGAGCUCCUGCUGUCAGGGAGACCCUUAACUACCUGCCAAUCACAACCAAGACUUUGAACAUGAGAAGGAUUGACCAACAACUUAGGUUUGGCUUGGGCUUUAAUAUUUUUGAAAUAUAUUCUUUUGCUUGAAUUUCUUGUGUUUUUGAGAAUAAGGAUGUUUUAUGCUUCUUGAGCUGAUUUUAUAACAUUUAAUAUAUAACCUGUUUAUAUGUAAAAUCUUUUGUACAGGGGUGGGAAGGCAUAAUGAAAAAACUCAUUUGUACAUAGUGAAUUAUAAGGCAGACUGGAGUGGAUGAAACCGGGAGCACACUUUGUUCACAGGCUCCUGUGUCCUUUGAAAGUCACCUCAGAACAACCAGUCCCUUCGUGUGUCUGUGGCUUGUUUGCAGAAAAGCAAAAUGAAAGGGGACACAAGCCGUAGGAAGGGGCCGAGGUAUUUCCCGGACAGCAGCUGCAGGGCCGCCUCUGAAGGGCUUCGACCCGCUUCCGGAAGGUGCGCUCUGCUGUGCUUGAGUGAGUAGGGAAGGACGCUGGUUUUCAUUUGUCCAUCGUGUCUUCAAUCCUUAAGGCGGACAUUACAAACUGAUGACAAAGUAUGUUCUUCCUGUACAUCUGCUCUGGCUCUUAGGUCUGCUUGUUAAUGGUUUCAUGGAAGCAAUCAGCAAUAUGUGAUAGGAACUGCUGCAUUAUAUAUUAUCCUUGUGGACUGAGAUAUUUAAACAGAACUUAAUUUUUUCUUUUUCUAGUGUAAGAUACUUAAGCAUUUCCACUGUUGGGAGAAAAACAUAUAUGGGUAUUUUGUAUUGUAUCUUGUUUAAAAGGACAGUCUUUUUUAAUCUUCCCACUUAAAUGGCUUUUAAAAAUGCAUAAUACAAUUUGAAGCCUGUUUAGAAAUAGAAUUAAAUGUCAUAUAUAGUGUUACUGUUUUGGAAUUAGGAAGUGAUCAAAUAUAAAACAUUUUAAAAUUAAGCCCAGAAAACAAAAUAGUGUUUAAAGUUAGUUUAGUAUAAAAGAAAUUUAUAAGAUUUUUUCUUCAAUAUAGAUACCUCACUUUGAAAAAACAGAAAGCACAGCACACUUACAGUACUUCUCAUGCAGACACCCUACUAAAGUAAUUGCUGGACCUGCGACCUGGUUUGCGUUGUUAGAGUUUGUGAUAAACGUAGUUGCCGUUAGCUUCUGCUGGCGUCCUUCCCUUGGUAGUUUGAAGGCAGCGUAACAGUCCUCAGUUAUUCCUCAGUUUCCAACCUGUGAAGGCAGUACGUGAAAGGUCCCUUCUGCAACUACUGAAGCACAUUGACUAGAUUGAGCAUAAUUCAACUGGUAAUUUUGCCAAUGUGUAUAGUUUUAUGAUUAAAAUUGCUGUGGUUGGUUGCAUUAUAUGACACACAAAACUGUCCUCUACCUCACGUGAAAUAAAUAUUUUAUAUGGUUUUACUAAAAAAAAAUAUUCAUCUAUCUGGUUACUUAGUUUACAAAUUUUGGAUUAUAUUUAUUGAAACAUGACAUACUGUGCUCUUAGCUUAUACCUCAAUUGUAUUUUGUGCUGUUUUCCAUUUUCAUGCCUUGUACAUAACUUGUAUAGAUUGUGGAUGAUAUUCCCAAUAAAAGCUUUUAAUGCCAAUGA